AUGUCUUACAAACUCGAAAAGGACGUUGCCUGGGAAAGCAGCGUAUGUGGAACGCUCUACAAGCAGCUCUUUGUCCAUCCACCCUCGCUCUCCACCACCGUGCGGCUUGAAGGAAAGACUGCCAUCGUUACUGGGGCAAAUAGCGGUCUUGGCUUCGAGGCAUCGCGGCAGCUUCUUCAGCGCGGAUUGUCUCGUCUCGUCGUGGCUGUGCGCUCGCAGGAGAAGGGCGAUGUUGCCGCCAAGAAACUUAUGGAGGAGUUCCCUGGUGCGGAAAUCGAUCUGUCAUUGCUAGACCUAUGGGACUAUGACUCCAUCAAAGCUUUCGUCAAGCGAUGCCGUGGUUUAGAGCGGAUCGACUAUGCGAUCCUGAACGCCGGGUUGCAGCGACGACAGUUCGAGUGGAAUGAUAAGACCGCCCAUGAGGUCGUCCUCCAGACCAACUUUCUUUCCACGGCCCUGCUGGCCACCAUGCUUGCAUCGGUGAUGAAGGAGAAGAAAAUACGGCGUGGAAUGGCGACGCCACCAGUCUUGACGGUUGUGGGCUCGGACACGAUGUACUUCAGCAAGCUGAAAGCGAUGGGUCCUGUUUUCCCUCUGAUGGACGACCAGGCGCAGUUUCAAGGAUUUCAACAGUACAUGGACGCAAAGUUGCUGCUUAUGAUGUUUACUGUUCGGCUGGCCGAUCAAUAUGACCCAAACGACAUCACACUAAAUGUUUGUUCCCCCGGGUUGACAUACGGGACGAAUCUGGGACAAGACGCCCGUCGAUCUUCGCCCGGCGCAGCAUUGAUCGUUAGGCCGUUUGUCAGGGCCCUCGGGCGACCACUGGACCGGGGGGCGAGUGUAUACAUACACGCUCUUAUGCAUGGCCAGGAAAGCCACGGCUGUUUUAUCAGUGAGUGGACAGUGAAGCCGUAUGCGGCUGUGAUGUACACUGAAGAUGGCUGUGGUAUGAUGGACAGGCUAUGGCACGAGGCUAUGGAAGAGUUCAAAAAGAUUCCAGAGCUGGCUGAUGAGUACAUAGAUGAAGAGCGUUAG